CCAGGGGGAGGAGGAUAGAAAAAUUAUGGAUUUUUCUUUAGUUGAGCGUUUUCUCCUCCUCUUCUCUCCUGCAACACUCCUCCCACCUCAACUAUCUCCACACACAUUCAUUGAGCCUCUCUUGCACUAGCACGCAGCUUUCUCUCGUGGCUGUUUGGACGAUGUUUGCGUGCAGAGCGGCCUGGCAGAGGUGUGGGCCUUUGGCACGACAUUCCCUGAACCGGGCACACCUCUACAGAGAUGUUGUUCCUCGGAGGCUUAUGUCGUCAGUUCCUGGUGGCUCCGGUGAGAAUUUCCUUUAUGCCAUCCUCUGUGGUGGGGCUUUUGCAGGUGCCAUAGCAUAUGUUUACAGGACAGUGGCAACGGACCAUGACCGUUUUGUUGACCGUAUUUCUGAAAUUCGUGCUCGCCCCAAGUCGGAGUGGAAGCCCAAACCAUGGCCACCCAAGAGUGGGGAUGAAGAUGAUGAAGAAGGUGGAGAAGAGGUAGCAGGUGGGGCAGAGGAGGAAGAGGUUGUAGAAGUUGCUGAGCGCGCAGCCAAGGUGGAAGAUGUAGCUGCUGAAUCUGAGGCCACAGCAGAGGUCGUUCUGGGAGUGGUCGAGUCGGUGGGAACUCUGAAGAAUGUUGUUGAAACAGUUGCUGAGACAAUUGUAGAGACUGCAGAAGUGGUCGCUGAGGUGGCAGGGGUUGUUGCAGAAGCAGCAGAAGAGGUGGCGGCAGUGGCAGAGGAAGUGAAGAAGGUAGCAGAGGAAGUAGAGGCCGUAGCAGAGGAAGUAGAGGCCGCAGCAGAGGCUGUUGUAGCUCCGGUCAUCCAAGCUGAAGGGCCUGCCUCAGAGAGCAAUGAGGCCCUGUCACACUUGGUUAGCCCAGUAACUAUGGAAACAGUUGAGCUGGCUGCUGCCUCUGUGAUCGAGGUUGAUCCUGUGGAACCUGUAGCACUGGAACAAGUGAUUGCUGGACCAGAGGAUGUAGUGACCAUUGAAGCGGUACUGAAGAAGCCCAUUGAGGUGCCUGCAGCAGAUGAGUUAGAAAGUGAACCGGCUGCAGAGGUGGCACACAUUGCCCCAGUGAUAGAGGAGUCAUCAGUUUUUCUAGUAGCUGAAGAAGCACCAGUAGAAGAGGAGGCACCAGUUGAUUCACCCGUUUCCCCAGAAGAGUUACCUAUUGCCCCUGUAACAGAAGAGGCUCAAGUUUCCUCCGUUGCAGAGGAGGUAUCUGUUUCCUCUGUGACAGAAGUGCCAGUUUCCUCAGUUGCAGAGGAGGUAUCUGCUACCCCAGUGAUGGAAGAAGCACCAGUUUCCAUAAUUGUAGAGGAGGUAUCUUUUGCCCCAGUUGCAGAAGAGGCAGCGUUUGCCCCUGUGAUAGAAGAGGCCCCAGUUGUCCCAGUAAUAGAACCACCAGUUUCCUCAGUUGCAGAGGGGGUGUCUGUUGCCCAAGUGGCAGAAGAAGCACCAGUUGCAGAGGAGACACUGUUUGCAUCUGUGGUGGAAGAGGCUCCAGUUACCCCUGUAGCAGAGAAAGCACCAAUAGUGGAAGAGGCACCAGUUUCCCCGGGAGCGGAUGAAGCACUAGUUGUGGAGGAGGCACCAGUCUCCCCUGUAAUAGAAGAGGCGGUAUCCCCAAAAGCAAAGGAGGUAUCUGUUGCCCCGAUGACAGAAGAAACACCUGUUUCCCUAGAAGCAGAUGAGGCACCAGUUUCUUUGGUAACAGAAGAACCUCCUGUUGCUGUGGCUGAAGAAACUCAACCUGUUGUAGCAAACGAAGAGGCAGUUCCUUCCCCUGCACCUGAGGAAACACUUGUAGCCCCAGUAACAGAAGAGACUCCAGCCAUUCCCAUAGUUGAGGAAGUGAAGGCAGCAGCAUGUUCAGAGAUGACUGCAGAAAGUGCAGUUGUGGAAGUUACAGAAAUUGUGGUUGAACCAGGUGUAGCGAGUGCAUUGGUGGCAGAGGCAGUUGCCACAGUUGAAACAUCAAGUGUACCUGAUGCUUUGGAAGACCCUGUCUCUGAAUCCAAACGAGACUUCAUAGUUGUUGUUUUGGAGGGAGCUCCCAAAAUAGAAAAGAAGCCCAAGGUGCUGGGUGUGUCCCCCAUGACUGGCAGGAUCAUCCCAGCCCCUCAGGAUGACGAGGAGUCAUCGGGACAGGUAACAGGGCAAGCGCCGUUUGCUUAAGAUACAGAUGCAUUAGCACCAGAUAAGAAACUUAAGUUGUGAGAGGUUAGAUCUUCUGGGAUAGUAAAUCCAUUCCCUGAUGACGAAUUAGUGAUGUGCCUUCCCUCUUCCCCAUUUUCUGAUUUCACUUUGAGCUCACCUUCAAUCUGAAUCCUUGGAUUUCAUCUGAUCUCAGCAUUUGCCUAACACUAGCCCCAGAAUGGUGCUACCAUCUUACUCGACUCUGAAUACACCUCUUUUCAUAAGAAUCCACUGAAAUCGAUGCGUGGUUUCUUCAUGUGAACAUUCACUUGAACAUUUUCACUUACUUGUGUGUGAAAAGCUGUGACCGAUCUUGAUAUAUUUUUAGACUUUUUUAAAUGGAACUCAACCUUCUGUGUUUUCCAGUCAACUGCACUGUGGAGCCUACUAUACUACAGUUAACCCUACCUCAAACCUCACAAUAGUAGGACAUAUUUCCGAGUUGCCAUUUCACAAAUUUGCCACAAAACACUGCCAUUCCUGCAUGCUAAUCACCAGUUUUCUCUGGUUAGAGUUCAGGUUCUCCUCUUUCUUUACUGUUAAGCUUACAAAUCAGCAGUAUAUUGUAUCUGAAUUAUCACUAUUUUUGUACCUUUCUACCUCAGCUUGAAUCCUGUUGAUUUUCUAAUCCAUUUCCAAAUGCAAAAACAGUAUUUUUCCUUUUUACACCAGUAUUAAGCUAGCAUUUAGUUUGGAAUACGACUGGGUCAAAAACAAAACAAUUGACAAACAAAUUACAUAUAUCAACAUUUUUAAAGAGUAUCGUCAUGUUAGAAAUUACAUUUUGUUGUAUUAAUUUCAUUCAUUUUUUGUAAUCAAGGCAAACAUUACAAAUGGGAUCCCAGAGAUUGCGUUCUCUGCCUUUGUUUUACGUUCUCAGAUGGGUCUGUUGUGUCAUUAACAGUCAGUCAUAAUCAAGCUAAUGAACUCUCUUUGGUUAUAAAACAUGUUACUUGACAAAAGCAUAUAAGCCACUUGUUUUAGCACAUAAGCAAGGUCUUUUAGCCUAUCAUGCCAAUGUUACAUUUGCAUUGAUUCCAUCAGCAUCAUUUGUAGCAAAAUCGAUCUCAUUUUAGAUGCUUGUAGCACAGGCAGUGUGUUCUAUGAAGCAUGGAUUGCUGAUUUGACAAUUAAUGACAAGUUAAUAAGCACUCUCACCUCCUUUCUUUCAGAUUCUAGACUGAUAGACUGCGUGGAUCCACAAGGGCAAAUUAAUGUUAGAAAUGAAUAUUAAAAAAGCUAUAUUGUCUUUAAUUUCUUUAAUACAUUUUAGAAAAAGGGACCUUGAGUGUUAAAAAAAUGAACUUUCCAGGAGCAAUGUGAAGAGGGUUUCAGUAUCAUAAAGGGUGUGUUCAUGGGUGCUUUUUGAUGUUUUGAGGCUUGAGGGAUGUUUUUGUGUUGUUUUUAGCUUUGUUUCUGUCACUGUAGGCCCUAAACAUGGGUAUUUUAACUGUGAAUUUAUAUCAGGGAUACAAUAAAUAAUUACAAGUU